AUGCUCAGUGGAAUUCUUAAAUUAACAUUAUUCAUCAAUAUUCUGUUUUUGUUCGUUGCUAUUAUUCGCCAAGCAGCAGCCACCGACAUUGCACCGACAUCGGCAAUCCAUGACAACUUGGCUACAUUCAAAGGUGAUGUAUUCUAUUUCUCAGUCAAUAAUAAACACACAGGUGCCGGUAGAAUAAAACGUUCAAUGUCAUCAACUGUCGACCAACCACCGUUGAUCGACAGUUCACGUUUUCAUUCAAGUUCACGUGUUCGUCACUUACGAAAGAACAUGCGUUCUAAAGAUUUAAAAAAUUCACCGAGUCUUUUUCGAUCAACAGGCAUAUCUCCUAAAAGGCUUCGAAUGCAUCAACGAAUUCGACCUGGAAUUGAUUAUCGUCUCAAGCGUUUUCGUAUGCUUGAUCCCGAUGAAUUCAAAGAAAUGUUAAAUACAAUGGGUCAACAAAUGCCACAUGAGCAAUCUAAAGGAUUCAAUAAUUUGGAUACAAUCGGUGGUAUGCAAGUUGAAAACUAUUGGACGCGCAAAUAA